GUUCGCGCACAAGACAAAACACACUCCGGAAGUUAAAUCGAGUUAAUUACUUCAGUCACGACUCUCACAGGAGAAAAACAAUUUGAGUAAGUUAUGAAUUUUAAUUAGACCAAGACAUCUGGACAAAACGCCGCAGACGACAGGUGGAUGCAACUAGAAGUUGAUUAACCUGGUGCGGGACAUUGAUAUGGAGGAGUCCAUAUCUACAAUCUUGUAUGAUGUGCAUGAGACAAAUGGCUCCCCUCCCUGGGUCGACCACCAUCAUCAAUGUCUGGAGAAUCUGGACAGUGUGGAGUGUCUCAGAAGGAAGAUCAAAUAUUACUUCAUGAACCCCUGUGAGAAGUACCACGCUCGAGGCCGAAAACCAUGGAAACUCAUACUGCAGAUCAUCAAAAUUGCUAUUAUUACUAUCCAGUUAGUCUCUUUUGGGCUGAGCAACCAGAUGGUUGUCACAUUCAAGGAGGAAAAUCUUAUGACAUUCAAGCACCUCUUCUUAAAAGAUUAUGUUGAUGGAGGCAUGAAUACGUAUGCAGUUUACAGACAGGCUGACGUUUAUGAUCACAUCGAUUACAUCAUUGAACAGUAUGGACGUCUGCACAACAUCACAGUAGGCAAUCACGAAUAUGAGAAAAAUGGCGCUAUCUACACCCCCCUGUCACUGUGUCAGGAGUUCUACAGAAACUGUACUAUCUUCCCUGGAAAUGAGACCUUUGAAAUAGAUGUGCAAGUGGAAACUGAGUGCCUUAAAGUUUAUCCAAUGUAUCACCCAUCAUUGCAGGAAGCACUUCCAAAUUUUGAAUUGCAUUUCAAAAGGAUGCUCUCCGUCAAGAUCACAUUUGCCCUCAAGGCCAUAAAUUUACAGACAGUGAGACAUCGAGAGCUGCCAGACUGCUACAACUUCAAUGUUAUUAUCACUUUCAACAACCAGGCUCACAGCGGCAGGAUAAAGGUUGACCUGGAAAAUGAUGUAGACAUCAAUGAAUGCAGAGACUGGAAGGUAACUGGAGCAUCUGCUAGAAACAUACACCUGACUGUGCUGUUUGACUGCCUCAUCAUUAUAACGUGCAUCACCUCCUUCACCCUCUGUACACGCUCAGUGAUCAAUGGGAUUCAGCUGCAGUUUGAGUACACACUAUACUGCAGGAACCAUUGCAGUAAAGAAGUCCCAUGGUCAGACAAGUUGGAGUUUGUGAAUGGUUGGUAUAUCCUCAUCAUUGUUAGCGACACACUGACCAUCAUCGGCUCCAUUCUCAAGAUAGCGAUCCAGACUAAGGUUCUCACAAGUUAUGACAUCUGCAGCAUCUUCCUUGGGACAGGCACCAUGCUUGUCUGGAUUGGGGUCAUCCGCUACAUGGGUUACUUCAGGAAGUAUAAUAUUCUCAUCCUGACACUCAGGGCAGCUUUCCCAAAUGUUAUCCGUUUCAUUUGCUGUGCUGGAAUCAUCUACCUGAGUUACUGUUUGUGCGGCUGGAUCGUCCUUGGCCCGUAUCAUGAGAAGUUUCGGACCUUGAACACCGUGUCAGAGUGUCUGUUUUCCCUGAUCAACGGAGAUGACAUGUUUCCCACCUUUAAGAACAUGACCCAGAAGAGUAGCCUGGUGUGGAUUUUCAGCAGGGUCUACCUCUACACCUUUGUCUCGCUCUUCAUCUACAUGAUCCUCAGCCUUUUCAUCACAAUCAUCACCGACACCUAUGACACCAUCAAGGUGAUGUUUACUCGUUUUAGAUAUUUGUAUUAUUAUUUUCCCUACCUAGUUUUGAAAGAUGAUUUAUGUGCUGGUUAUUCAAAGGAGGACAGUGGUGAAAGAAGUACUCAGAUGUUCUAUUUAAGUAAAAUAAAAAAAAUAGCAAAACCACAGUGUAGAAAUACACUGCAUUCCAAAUUGUACUUAAGUAAAAGUACUCAUCAUGUAGUAUGGCCCAUUUCAGAAUAAUGUAUGUUAUAAUAUUGGAUUGUAAAUUGUUGACCUGUUAAUGUGUACAUCACGUUAAUGUUGCAGCUGGUAAAGGUGGGGCUAAUUUUAAUUACUUUAGGUACUGCUGGGUAACUUGUGAAUUUCACCCCUGGGGAUCAAUAAAGUCUUAUCUUAACCCAUAAUAAUACCUUUUAUUUGUUGAAUAUUUUGUAUUAAUCAUCUGAAUCUGCAAAGUAACUAGUAACUAAAGUUAUCAAAUAAAUGUAGUGGGGUAAAAAGUACAAUAUUUGCCUCUGAAUUGUAGUGGAGCAGAAGUAUAAAGUGAAAGAAAAUGGGGGAAAAAAAGUAAAGUACUUCAAAAUUGUACUGAAGUACACUACUGUCGUUACUGGAGAAGGGUAAUGUUUCAUUUGCAGUUAUAGCAAACUAUGCCACACGGUGUCAACUGUCACUUUCUGACGUAUUAUUUAGCAGCAGCAGCAGAGUGGAACCCCGACAUCAGAGCUGCAAAAGUUCUUGUCCGUGUGUAUAGAUCUGCCAAACUCUGGGGUAUACAGACUCGACGAGCACAACAGCUGCUUCUUUAACUGCUGCAUUGCUAGGUAGG